GGGGAACUCACACUCGCACUACCAUGACACAAAACAAGGUCAGCUUCGUAAAACGCUAGCUUUAACACCUCGAAUGAUUGCUUGAAGUUAUUGUGAAAAGAAAAACCAGAUUACCCGGAGAAAUGAUCAGCUCGGAGGCUUUGCGCCCGACGCCGAACGCCGCGCGUAAACCCCUCGGAAAGCUGGCGAGCCGGCUGGAGGAGGUGAAGAACCCGUGGAAGCAGUUGUCAGCGCUGGAGCUCAGCCACAACGAGACCGCCAGACUCGCCACCGACGCGCUGCUGGAGCACGGCGAGAAGGAGUACAAGAAAGUUCUGCACGAAGAAAAAGAGCUCAACUUUCUAUCCGCGCUGGAGAUACGCUACAUCACCGAAAAUGUGGCCAAAGUCGGCGACGCGGACAGUGGGAGCAACGGAGUGGACUUGGAGGAGGGCGACGCUGUGUCCGAGCUGACUUCGGGGACUUACUUCCCUAUGAUGUCUGACGAGGAGCCGCCGAUGCUGGAGCUGGGCUGGCCGGAGCUCUCCACCAGGAUGGGCCCCACUGAGGCCAACAUAUACUUCCAGAGGGACAAGACGAAAAAUGUCAAAGAUCACAUUCGGUCGCUUAUUAGCAAAGCCAAGAAGGUUAUCGCAAUAGUCAUGGACAUUUUUACAGACGUGGAUUUGUUCUGUGAUUUAAUGGAGGCCUCCAACAAGCGCAGGGUUCCAGUGUAUAUUUUACUGGACGAGAAGAAUCUCAGUCAUUUCUUGAAUAUGUGCUCAGAACUGGACGUCCAGAACUCACACCUGAGUAAUAUGCGGAUAAGAAGUGUUUGUGGAGACACGUAUUGCACCAAAAGUGGGAAGAAAUUCACAGGUCAGGUUCAAGAGAAAUUCAUGAUCAUUGACUGUGAAGAAGUCAUCGCUGGAUCCUAUAGUUUUACAUGGCUGUCCGGUCAGGUCCACAGCAACCUAGUAAUGCACUUCUCCGGCCACCUUACAGACUGCUUCGAUCGUGAAUUUCGCUGCAUGUAUGCGGACUCGGAUAUAAUAGAGCGCUUCCACAACCCGGAUGAAGAUGGACUGCCCUCUUACUCUUACUCUUACAACAUGCCGGCGCCAAACUUCGGUCUGGACGUCCUGGCGGAUUACGGCAGCAGAGAGCGAGUGUAUUCGGAAAACUCCAGCAGCCAAUCCAGCAGCAGCGUUUCCAGCAUCAAAGCUGCUCCCCCAGGCACCAAAUCAGUUUACAAAGUCAACCACGACAAGAAGAGCCAGGAAAAUACGCAAAAAACUCCUGACAAGAAGGACGCCACGAGUCCAGUGCUCCACAUGCCCUUGGCAGCCCACAUCGGGAGAGGAUUUCCCAAUGAGAUCCACCAAACUGCUGAACGUUCCUCUUUAGGUCAAUCCGGCGGUGCGGAAUGGUCCAAAAUAGGAAACACGGAUUAUCUACGUUCAAACAUCGGCGGACAGACUUCAAAAAUCCAAUCGUUAGGACUCUACAGUUCUCCAAAACCACCAUCGCCAACUCAACAGGACAACAAGAUCUCCCCGAAGCAUCGGCUCACCAGUCCUUUCCUCUCUAAGUUCACAGAUUUGUUCACGACGAAGGAGAAAGACCUUCAUGCCUUCCAGAAGGUCCCUCCUCCACGCUCGUCUCCAUUUGGCGGGCCGGAUUUGUCCCAGAAUGAACCCGAGAGUAAACAGGGCCCUCCUCCACCUGGACCAAUGCCCAUUGACAGGAUGGGCCCGGAUAAAGGCAUUCAUCGGCGGGAUGAGAAACGCAUGACUUUAGGUCACAGCAAGUUGGACCUUGUCGCUCAAUACAACAAGAUGAACAAAUCCAAACAGGUAUACAGUCGCUUUGAGCUCAAGAACAACUUACCUCAGUAACACUAUAGGCCUGGUUGGUCAGUCCUUCAGGUCAGCUUUUGUAUAUAGUUGGCAUUGUGAGUCUGCAAAGCCAUUUCUUGGUGUGAAACUGUUGGUGUUUUAGCAUUUGUAUUUGUGAAAUGAAGUGCUUAUGUACUAAUGCUGCCUUCAGGUUCAUCCUGGAUAUAGAUUAUUAGGGAUGUAAUUGUAUUUGAUUUCUUUCUUCUUUCAUUUCUUUCCUUUUUUUAAAACUUUUUAUUUAUCAUUUUUCAAUAUAUUUUUUCUAGAACAACCCCUUCCCCUACAAUUUAAACCCUUACAGAUGAGGGGACACGUAAGAAAUAAUGAUAUUAUGAAAAUUGUUAAAAUAAAAUAAGA